CUCUCGCUCUCAUCCUCCUCCAUCUCCUCUUUUCUCCUGCGAUUUUAAUAUUUACUCCAACCAGAGCAACGUCGGCUUAAGCUCCGAACAACGUCCGGAAUCCUCGCCGCCACAGAUGCGUCGAGCUGCGGCUGCCGAGACUCUCGCCUCCACCUGCUGCUUAGCGACAAACUUCUGAGUCCACCAAGCCGCAGAAACCUCGGAGGAUGUUCGCGCCGCGGAUCAACAAGUCCGCGUCGUUUCUCACGCACUGACCGUGCAUGGCUGCGGUAUGGAGAUAGCCUUGGUGAGCUUUGAGAACGGCGGUGCCAAAGGGAGCGGAGGUGGAGGUGGAGGAGGAGGCAACAAUGCCGAGGAAAGCUGCCGGAACGCGCUGGAUGUCCCUCAGCCGGGGUUCGUGCAGGAGUACGGGGGUAAAGAGCUGAACACCCGGGGCAGCCCCGGACAUCAGCAGCAGCAUCAGCAUCAGCAUCAGCAGCAGCAUCAGCAGCAGCAGCGGAUCCACAGCAGCGGAUCCUGGAAGAUCAACGACAUGAACAACACGUUCAGCUGCAGCGAGAACGCCAUGGAUGCGCUUUUACGCGCGGACCACAGCCCGCACCUGUUCGACGAGGACAUGCUGGACAUGGACAUGGACAUGGAGAGCAACGAGAGGGUGCUCAUCAACAUAGCUGGCCUCAGGUACGAGACCCAGCUGGGCACCCUGAACCAGUUUCCAGACACUCUACUUGGGGACCCAGCAAAGAGGAUCAAGUAUUUUGACCCACUCCGGAACGAGUACUUCUUUGACCGCAACAGACCGAGCUUUGACGGGAUUCUGUAUUUUUAUCAGUCAGGAGGUAAAAUCCGGAGACCGGUGAACGUGUCCAUCGAUGUGUUUGCAGACGAGAUUAGGUUUUAUCAGCUGGGGGAGGAGGCCAUGGAGAGGUUCCGUGAGGAUGAAGGAUUCAUCAAGGAGGAGGAGAAGCCCCUGCCCCAGAACGAGUUCCAGAAGCAGGUGUGGCUUAUCUUCGAGUACCCAGAGAGCUCCAGCCCCGCGCGGGGCAUCGCCAUAGUGUCCGUGAUCGUCAUCACAAUAUCCAUCAUCACCUUCUGCCUGGAGACGCUGCCAGAGUUCAGGGACGAGCGGGAGCUUCAGGUAACCAGCCGCCUGGACAACAACAGCAACAGCACCAUCCCGCGGCCCUCGCUCACCUUCACCGACCCCUUCUUCAUCAUCGAGACCACGUGCGUCAUCUGGUUCACCUUCGAGCUGUUUGUGCGGUUCUUCGCCUGCCCCAGCAAGUCCGAGUUCUCCAAGACCGUGAUGAACAUCAUCGACAUCAUGUCCAUCAUGCCUUACUUCAUCACUGUGGGCACGGAGCUGGCGGAGCAGCAGGGGCAGGAGCACCAGAACGGCCAGCAGGCCAUGUCCCUCGCCAUCCUUAGGGUCAUCCGCCUGGUGCGGGUCUUCCGCAUCUUCAAGCUCUCCAGACACUCCAAGGGUCUGCAGAUCCUGGGGCAGACUCUGAAAGCAAGUAUGCGGGAGCUGGGCCUCCUUAUCUUCUUCCUCUUCAUCGGGGUCAUCCUCUUCUCCAGCGCGGUGUACUUUGCGGAGGCAGAUGAGCCAGAGUCCCACUUCUCCAGCAUCCCAGACGCGUUCUGGUGGGCCGUGGUCACAAUGACAACUGUCGGCUAUGGCGACAUGAGGCCGGUCACGGUGGGCGGGAAAAUCGUGGGCUCCCUGUGCGCCAUCGCCGGCGUCCUGACCAUCGCUCUGCCUGUGCCGGUCAUCGUCUCCAACUUCAACUACUUCUACCACCGGGAGACGGACCAGGACCAGUCCUCGCUGAAAGACGAGCCCAACAGCGGCAGGGCGAGUCCCGAGCUCAAGCGCAAGGGAAGCAAGACCUCCAACAAGUCCCAGGACGUGGAGAACAACGAUCCGGCCGCGGGUGCAGCAGCAGAGAAGGCGAACAUCAAAGCCAACAGCAACAUGGACUUCAAGAAAUCCCUUUACGCGUUCUGUCUGGACACACGAGAGACAGACCUGUAGACCAGAGAGGGACAAACUGUCAUGGCCCAUGUUUAGUUGUGUAGAAUAAUUACCUCCGUCAAUGGGCUAUUAGGUGAUUUUGCACACGGUGGCAGCCGUGGAGGAGGAUCUGGAAACGUUUCAGGAGACGUUGAUUCAUAAAGUCCAUUCAUAUUUAUAUAUCUAUCAGUAAACCCAGGACUUUUAGAGACAACCACAGAACACAGAGUGGCCCUUUAAUACAGCAGGAGGACACAUGAGGCAGUAAAGGGAUAGUUCAGGUCUUUUUUUUUAAACGUGGUUGUAUGAGGUGCUGACACGUGACUGCACCACGUGAACCGCAGGUGUCGCCAAAACCCCCCGAAAAAUUCAAUCAUCGUCAUCAGCUUAUGUCGGCAAUAUGUUAAGAAUACAUUUGUGAUUUUUGAUGGAAAUUGAAAAACCGCUCACUCACAAAAACCAAAUCCCAUAGACAAAAUUGUGAUUUUAAGCUCAUGGUGACACGUGAGCUGCCGGUCUACUGCGGCCUUUCUUACUGAGUUUAUGUCGCCGUGGUAAAUCUUAACAACACAUUUUAAAUCCCGAUGUCACAAAAAUAACACGUUUGA